GCACACACACUCUAUGCCAAUACCCAUUUCAACAUUACACACUAAAUUCUCAUCUACACAACCCAAUUCACCAAAUCUCUCUCUCUCUCUCUCUCUCUCUCUCUCUGUAUCAUCUUCUUCCAUAUCUGCUUGCUGUAUCUGCCCAUUCCCUCUUACCUUGGGACCACUUAUUUUCAAAAUCUCUCUCUACCAUCUGAUCCUCAUUCAUUCUAUCCCCCAAAUCACUAUCUAUCUUGUUAAAGAAAGAAACAAUCUUUUCUUCAACUAUCGAAAAACUCAACCUGUUCAAAACAUAUGUUUCGCCUAUUCACAGAUGCUUUGAUUGAUUGAUUGAUAGCCCUGCUCUUCUUAUAUCUCACAUGAAUAUGUAUCUGGAACUGUAGUUUCUUGAAUCUUGAUUGCUGUAAGUAUGGGUAGGGGUAGAGGAAAAGGGAAGAAGUUCACUUUGACUAACAAUGAUGACAAUGGAAGUGGUGAAGAAGAAAGAAUUCCAGCCCAAAAAAGAAGGGGUAGGCCCCAGAAACCAUUGGUGGAUGAAAUCGAAGAAGAUGUUGAAAAGAUAGAAGAUGAAGAGAACACGAAUGUGAAUGAUGUUGUAUCGAACAAAGAUGUGAAGGUAAUGGAGAAUGGAAAGAAGAGGAAAAGAAACAAACAGUUGAAAGAAGAGGGUGAUUUGGUGAAGGAGGAAAGUGGGAUUGGAACCAGAUCAAACGCUAACGGAUUAGCUCAGGUUAAUGGUUUUCGCCAUACUGGAAGUAGGAGGAAAAGCAAGCCUCGCCGUGCAGCUGAAGCAGGUGUCGAGUGCAAAUGAGACCUGCAAUCAAAGCAUGCCCUUGCCUACCUAGUAAACCUCUAGUCUCAUCUGGUUCAUCUGUUCUCUAUUUUGGUUGUUUAUUUCUAUCUAGUUUUCGGUUUGAUUGAAUGGGAAGCCUUGAAUUGAUCAUGGUAAUCUCAUUUUGCAUCAUCGAUAUAUGUUCCAUUUGAGUCUAUAACAAAUUUUUUGCAUGAUAUCGGUUGCAUAAGACUUUAUUUAGAGUUGUUUUAUUCGAUCC